AUGAAGUCCUUCUCGAGUUCGGCAGUUAACAAAUCGGGCAAAAAGUUUGCGCCGAAAGCGCCGCCCCGCCGCGGCGCGCCCGCGCCAGCUGCACCAGCGCGAAGACCCAGUGCAGCUCAGCAGCCUCCAGUGCAAUCUGAACAGGAUCAACAGCACGAAAGAGAGGUUACUGAGUCUGUUCCUCCGCCUUCUGCGUCAUCUGCAGAGCCAGAGCAGCCCAAAAUCCCCGAGUCGGCUCCGGCUGUAGUUUCAGAAUCACCCCAACCAGCUCCAAUCGCCCCGAAAUCUGCUACCCCCAUCUCGAUUCCUCGUCCUAUCCGCAAACCAUCUAUCCCAAAGCAUAUUGCAGUUGCUCCAGCUGCAACUGUGACUCCCUCUACUAAUGUGCCUGACACUCCAACCUCUCCACGAACUUUACCUGCCGAAACGAGUGUCUUGCCCUCAAUUGAAAAUGAUACCCCACGGUCGACCUUGGUCGAGGACUCAACUGCGGCAACAGUGGCAGUCGAAGCACCAGUCCCCGAUGCCGAUACCGGUGUAUCAGAUGAAGCCCUCUCGCCACGCCAAUCCGUGUCAGAGCCUCAGCCUACAGCCUCCGCUCCUGUCGCCGGCCGAUCUUUGAAAUGGGCCAAGAAAACAUCAGAAUUUACCAACCGCGGUAGGGGACCAGUGCACGCUGUUGCUCCGGCGAUCUCAUCUACAACCUCGAGUGAGACACCGGGAGGAUCACUCGUCCCCGUGACUCCCGAGGCAAGCGGGUCUGCGAAGGGAAAGAAACGGAAGGCAUCCAAGGCAUCGGAUGCUGAUUCUUCGAGACCGAAGCGUCGUCCACGGAAGCGCGAACCGACACCGGAGGGCGCAGAGAUGGUGGAAAUCCUACCCAAUGUGGUCAAGAUGUCGGAGCUUUGCAAAGACCUUAAGACUGGACGGAAGUCCAAACGAGAGACCGAAUUGCGGAAAUUGGAAAUAGAAGAGCAAGAGCGCAAGCAAAAGGCACAAGAGCAAGGCCUGACUGCCGAGACGCCGAAGAAAACGAACGAGGCAGAUGGUAGCAACACUGAUCGUCUUGCGGAGCCUAAGCCUCAGUCUGGACCAGUCAUGCGCAUUGUCAACGGUGAGAUUGUGCUGGAUAAUGCCUCGCUGGAAGUGGAUCGUCAUGCAGAUGCCGCACGAGCUGCAGGUGACCUCGAAGAUGUGGUGGAAAACCAGCUUACUCGGAAGGUCAACCAGGCCACAUACGGCAAACGUACCAAGAACGAAUCGUGGGAUGAGGAGAUGACUGACCUUUUUUACCGCGGCCUGCGCAUGUUUGGAACGGAUUUCAUGGUGAUCAGCAAGCUGUUUCCAGGACGGUCUCGCCGCCAGAUCAAGCUGAAGUUCAACAAUGAAGAACGCAAGGAUCCCCAGCGGAUUAAGGAUACUCUUCUUGGGCCGCGCGAGACUAUCAACAUUGCAACUUACUCAGAGCUGACCAAUCAGGUCUAUGAUGAUCCCAAGAUCAUUCAGCAAGAAUUGGAAGAAGAGAAGAAACGCAUCGAAGAUCAACACGAGAAGGAGAAGCAGCUACAGGAGGAGAUGUUGCGCAACCCCACCGGCGCUGGCGCCGAUGAGAAUGCUGCUUCCAACGGUGAUAAGAGCAACGGCGCUCCCAUCAAGGGCAAACGAAAGAAGAGCGUUAAGAACGCGGCCGGUGGUGGUACAGAGGAGGUACUAGGUUCUAUCGACGAUAUUCCUUUGGCUUGA